CUAGUCCAUUGACAUACAGAUAUUCUAGAUAUUCACUCUAUAAGUUGUGCAAAUAUCAGACUCGUUCAAUUAUCCAAUCGUUGUCAGAAUUGUCGCAAUUGUUAGCUGAGUUUCAGAAGUACUCCACACUUUUUUCUCACCGCACUCUGAAAUCUAGAACUAUCCGCUAGAAUUCCACUAUUUCCUCCAGUUCUCUUCCCGAUUCCCACCAAACUUCCUAGAUGUCUCUCGCCACGUUUUACGCCGACUCAGAGGCCCCUUUGGUGUUGUUAUCUGCCAAAAAGCACUUCAAUGACUUGUCCACUGCCAAUGCCAAGUUGUACGCUCACUAUCUUUCCAGAGCCUCUCAUUGGGGUACGCGUGCUGUGUUGAGAUCGGUUUCGCCUGAAAGUGAAAAUAUCUACGACUUGAUCUUGGAGAUCCAUGCUGUCUUGGGCAGCCCACAAUCCAACGAAGCCUAUGUGGAAGUAUUGGGCAAGAACGUCGCUGAUUCUUCUUCUGACGUCAUCCACUACUUGGAGUACGCUUCGCAGUUCUUGUCCAACACAGGCAACUACAAGUCGUUUGGAGAUAAGAAAUUUAUCCCCAGAUUGCCAGUGGAAAGAUUGGACAAGCUCAUCUACGAUGGCGUUGGCAAUGCCAAGGUAUCGGAGCUCUACAAGAAAGUCCGCGACGACAUUUACUCUACGGAUGCUGCUUUGUUGGGCUGGACUGCUAGUGGACAUGCCUCGGGAUACUAUCCUGGUGCCUUGAAAGUUACUAGAGAAGAGAUAGAAGACGUAAACUCUGCUUUGGCUUCUAAUGGCAUCAUGCCAGAGAAUACCAGAGUGGAAAAGAAAGCUGAUGGUGUAUUUGUUGUCCAUGUGGCCAGUGCUGAGACUGAGAACACCACUGAUUAUUACCCAAAAAAUGCCAUAACUUCCGAAAAAGGUGCACAAAUCACCUUUCAAUUUGGAGAUCACUCCGACAUUUUUGGUAAGAUCGUUGAGAACUUUGUAGAAGCUAAGAAAUACGUAGCCAACGAGACCCAGGGCAAGUUGAUUGAUUAUUAUAUCGAAUCAUUCAAAACCGGGUCUAUGAAUGCGCAUAAGAAAUCGCAGAUCGAAUGGGUCAAGGAUUUGAAGCCAGAAGUCGAAUCGAAUGUCGGAUUUAUUGAAACCUACAGGGACCCGGCCGGUGUCAGAGGGGAAUGGGAAGGUUUAGUAGCAAUGGUUAACCACGAUAGAACUGCUAAGUUUUCUACUUUAGUCAAUCGCGCUGGCGAAUUCUUGUCGGAAUUGCCCUGGGAUAAAGUGUAUGAAAAGGACACUUUCACCCCUCCUGAUUUUACCUCUUUGGAAGUUCUCACAUUCGCUGGUUCAGGAGUUCCAGCUGGUAUCAACAUUCCUAACUAUGACGAUGUCAGAUUGAACUUUGGAUUCAAGAACGUUUCAUUAGGUAAUGUUCUUUCUGCCAACCCAAAGAAACCCAAGAAAGAUGACUUUCUUCCCUUCGUCACAGAAGAUCUCCAGGCCGAGUUCAAGAAGUGGAGAGAAGAAGCUUUCGAAGUUCAGGUUGGUUUGCACGAGUUGUUGGGACAUGGUUCUGGAAAGUUGUUACAGGAAACAGCUCCUGGCGUGUUUAACUUCGACAGAGAAAAAGUCAACACCAAGACCUGGUACAAGCCUACGGAUACCUGGGGUUCUCUUUUCGGUACGACUUCAGGUUCUUUUGAAGAAUGUCGUGCUGAGCUUGUUGCUCUCUACUUAAUUCUCAAGAAGCCUUUGGAAGUCUUGCCAAUUUUCGGUCUCACUCUGCCGGAGGCACAGAAGUCGGUCAAGUUGAUCGGUACCUUGUUAAUGGCCAGAGCAGGUUUAAUUGCACUCGAAUACUGGGAUCCAAAGACUAAGAAAUGGGGCCAGCCUCAUAUGCAAGCCAGAUUCAGUAUCUUCAAAGUGUUGCACACUGCUGGUGUGGUUUCUCUUAAGUACACGGACGAAAAGACAUUUGACGAUCUUGAGAUUAUCGUUGACGAGUCCAAGUUGGAUACUGUAGCUGUAGAAGCAUUGGGUGACUACUUGGCCCAUUUGGCUCUCUACAAGAGUACCGCUAACGUUGCUGAAGGUGUUCCAUACUAUAUUGGCAAAACCGAUAUUACUGACGACUAUGCUCGUUUCAGAGACACUGUAAUCAGAAAGAAGAAGCCUAGACAGCAGUUGAUCCAGGCCAACACCGUUAUUGGUGAAGAUAAGACUGUUGAAGUCAAGGAAUACGAGGAGUCGGAAGUGGGCAUGAUUCAAAGUUUUGCCGAAAGAGCUGUGUGAGUCUAAUGAAGAUGAUUCAAAUGUAUAGUGUAGGCGGCUCUGUAUUUGUCAUUUACACCGAAUAUAAACUGAGGAAA